UUCAGACAGCAUGAAUACAUCGAGAAGCUGAAUAUGCAGGCUAUCAUCAAUGCCACUGCUGACCAGGAUGAAUUUGUCAAGGAAACCAUUUACUCUCAUGCGAAGGUCCCCACACUGAUUCAUGAACUCCUUGCCAUAGAGGUCUGGAAGCAGAAAGUGUUUCCUAUAUUGUGUCAGCUCCAGGAUUUCAACCCAAAGAGCACUUUCCCUAUAUAUAUUGCGAUUCAUCAUGAAGCAACCAUCAUUAACCUCCUAGAAACUAUUCUUUACCAUAAGGAUGUAUGUGAUUCUGCAGAUGAAGCGGUUCUGGACCUUGCUGAUUAUUGUCAUAGAAAGGUGACCCUUCUUGCUGCACGAAAUGAUGACCCUGAAAAUCAGGAACAGAACAAACCAUCGCCAGCAUCCCUAAAGGAAUUGCAGAAGCAGAAUCAAGAGCUGGAAUUUGAUAUCUCCCUGAAGGCGCUCUCUAUUCUCCGCUACAUAACUGAUCACAUUGACAGCCUGCCAUUGUGUGUUCAGACACGACUCCUGAAUACACACAAUAUCCCCUGUGUGCUGGUUCAUCUGCUGGAAUAUUGCCCCUGGAGCCGAUCUGGUCCAAAAGGUGAACUGCAGAAGUAUGCUGAUGGCAAAUGGCAUACAGUUCCCACUGAGGACAGGCUGAAAAUAACCAAACUGGAUGGGCAGGUCUGGAUUGCAUUAUACAAUCUGAUUCUGAAGCCUGACUGCCAGCAGAGGUAUGACUUCAACAACUUCAACAAGAACCAGUUGCUAAAGCUGCAAAGCUUCCUGACUGAAGUCGUCAUUGACCAAAUACCCAACUUGGUGGAGUUGCAACGUUUCCUGGGCCACCUUGCAAUGACAGACCCACCUCCAGCAAAGAAAGAUCUUAUCUUGGAACAGGUUCCUGAUAUCCGAAAUAGGAUCAUUCAAGAAAACUUUAACAAAUGGAAAGCCCUUGCAAAGCACCAAGUGAAAACAGCAUUUAACCCUUCUGAGCAGGAUUUGCGUGAACAAGCCCAGAGAUUGACAGAAACUUACAAUCUGGAUGUGAUGGAGAAUCUGAUUCCAGAUCACCCAAAAUGUGGAUUUUGUGGAGCAGAGGCAGCAAAACGGUGUUCCCGGUGCCAAGUUGAGCGGUACUGUCGGAGGGAGUGCCAGGUGAAGCACUGGUCAAAACACAAGAAAGCCUGUGACCUGCUGGCUGUUGCUGCAAAAAAACUGAAUGAGGAAUUAGAAAUCAGUUGGUGGAAGCCAAACUGGUGAGCACCUGGCUACUCGGCUAUUUGGCACUGAGCAGAAUGAUACAGUCCCAACCUUGACACACUACAUUGAUGUGUACUCGGCACUCCGAUUAACAUACAAAGUGUGAUAUUUAGAAUAGCCUAACUGUAUGGAACGUCUGCGUGUUCAGGAGGCUAAUAAUUAAGUAAAGGCUAACUGGUAGGGAUUAUUUUUAAAAUAUAAUUUUUGAAACAACUUAAAUCUGUAAUCUCCUAUUGUCAUGCUUUAAAUGCUGUUUGUCAGUGUGAACGUAGAAGAGCAUCCUAACUCAAACUUUGAAUUUAUUGCUGUUACAAGAAAGUUUGUUGAGCCAACUGAAAAGUUACUCUUGUGAAAAUAUUCUCUUUUGUUUUUUGUGUUUAUCUCCUGACACCGCAUGUGCCUGUGAUGAACUGCUUGUACUGUUGUUUUUAUAAAGUACCAUUUGUAGCUUUUUUUGCCGUGACCUGGAUAGGGGUCAUACCAGCUCUUCUUAGCACAUUGGGAUCAGGAAAAUGGAGCUCAUACUGAAAUGCACAGUAUUUCAAUUGUGCAGAGAUACUAUGGAGAUCUGAUCGAUUCAGUUUCUUCCAACUAUCAGCAUCUUAAGUAACUGUGUGUGAGAGAUACUCAGUAUCUUUAAAAGCCUUGUGCUAGUGCCAGCUUGACUGUCACUGAGCUAGAGUGAAGAAAACAAGGCAUGCUGGGUGUAUUCACUGCUACCAGCCACCACUUUUUUUUAAAAGACAGUUAGCAACAACGAUGCAAUUCAUAGAAGUACGCUUGAUUUUUAAUGUAACAAUCAUAUGUUUUACUGAGAUACUCUAGUAUCUUUGUCUUUAGUCCCGCUAUAGAAAUUGAAGGAGAAACAUACUUGUAACAGGGAGUGUGAAUGAGUUUUAUUUUAUUCAAUGCCUGCAAGUAAGGGCUCACCAUGAGCUGCUGUGGAAAAUUUGGACACAGACAGGCUAAUCUCUCACGGCCCAGACUAAAUACAAGACUUGAACCAUUGCUUCAUGUGCAUAUAAAAGGUUGAAUGAUGCAUAUCGCAGUUCCAGAUAUCAGGGUUACUUUUCUUUAUUGGAGUGUUACUGGUAUUUUUGAAUGUUGUUUGUUCAAGUUUUGACUUUGCAAUAGAAGAAAAUUUACAAAUCCUGGCAGUUUCAGUUGUUGAAUGGUAACGUGCUUCAGAGGAAACUUUGCUUUUGAAUUUGGUCACCUGUAGUUAGCACUGCUGACAGUGGCCAUUAAAUCUCUGCUGUCUUACUGUCUGCUGUGUAAACUUAAAACUGGACUGGAUAAAAAUGAGUCUGUUUCUUAGUUGUAAAGUUUUUUGAUUUGUCCAUCACACACGAUCAUCCAAAACUUUCUAACCACAGUGUUUGUUUCCUGGCCUGGCAUGCAAAGAGCCAGCAGAGAAUGUAUCACCAUUGAUACUAGCUGCCCCACAACAUUCAAAAGAACUUUCAUUGACUGGACAUGGGACUUCCAUUCCUCAUCUCAGAGCUGCUGGCCAAUCUGGCCACAAAUUCCAGAAGCUGCAGUGGAUAGGACUGGGAUGACAUGUGAUUACAGAAGUCUAAAUCCCGGAGACUAGGAGCAGGUAAGUGUAGGUAUCUUCAGGCAGGGAGAAGAGAUUGGGGAGGGUUUACUGAAAAGGAGUGAGUGUUGGAGCAGAGGCUGGGGAAGAGCACCCUUGGUGGAGGAGAAUGGUAGGAGGAAGAUGAUGGGCGAGGAAGAUGAUGGGCAUCCCCUUCCAUUUACGCCUGAAACCUCAGCAGGGUUUCUGGGCUUCACCCAGAAUCCAUCCUGCUAGCCUGGAAAUGAAGGCUGGAUGGAAAAUAGCUGUGAAGUAGUCCUUAAUUGGCUACUUAUGAGCAUUAAUUGGGUCAAGGACAAGCUGGCCAGACUAGGUGGGAGGGUACUCAGAAGGCCAUCCAAGGUAUUUUCCCCCAUCCCCACCAACCUGCAAACCUGCCAGUGGGACAAUGUAAAAUUCUGUCCCCAUUUCAAAAUGUUCAGAAAGCAAAUUAUUUUGUGAUGACAUCAAGUGUAGAACCAUUUCUAGUUUUGGUGAUAGUUUAUAAUUUCACGUGGAACUAGCAAUUUAUAAGGAUCUGGUAAUGUGUAAUUUUCCCUCAUUAAAAGCUCUCAACAUCAGGAUCUAGUUAAGUGUGUGUAUGUUUGGUCUAGAUCAUGGAAGUUGACGGAAAUUUUAAGAUCUAAGUCUCGCUUGAGCUUCAAGAUCACCGUGCCACCCCACAGUCUGUGGACAGAAAAUAGAGGCUUGAUCUGAUGAAGAGAGGAGCUCACAAAUCAGAUCAACAAUUUGCACAAUUAGACUUCAAUGUCCUUUUGAAAUAAAACCAAAAACUCUCAUAUCUAUGCCAAAGUAUGUUGGUUUUCUUACCACAAACUGAAAAUGCUGUACUUCCCAGCUGGUUGUUAAAGCAUCGGUCGACUAAUCUGGUUUCAUGUUUUCUUCAUUAGAAUGUUCGUGAUCAAAGGUAAGGAAA